GACCGGUAACACGCAACACGCACACCAGCCCUUUACCCCUGCUCCGAUGGCCUCGUUGCCGCUGGAGGACGAUGUCUUCCAACAGCUUCGGAAGCCCAUUGACGCCAAAGUGCUGGAGCAGCGCGAGAAGGAAAUCAACGAGCGCAUACAGACUUCUUACGACAAGGCGGAGAAGCGGCAGCAUGAGCUGAUCUCCCUGAAUUCCACGGCGCCCGUGUCCAUUUCCUCGAUCAAAGUGCUGCACGCUACCCACACGCGUCACCACUUCCUCGAACGCAUCUUCAACCCUCUCUUGACCCAGAACCGCAAAGACCAGGCCUACUACACCCUCCGCGAAGCUCUGGCGGAAGUCUCCCACGCCGUCGACAAGCUCAACCGUCUCGACAUCUUCCAGUCACCCAUUUCCACCUACAUCGACAAAGCCGAGCCCACCGAUUCCAGCACCACCCCGACCGACUACGCUGUGUUCGUCACAGCCAAAGAGCGCGGGAGAUAUACCAUCAAGACCGGCACUGAAGCUGGCACUGCGGAAGGGAGCGCAUAUGUGAAUGCAGUACUGAGAAACAUCUUUGGCGGAGGAGAACGCUUGAAUGGACAUGCCAGCCUGGGGACCAGAACACGAGAAACGUACAGUGCGACGUUCGACACUCCCAUCCUCUCCAAUCCGGACCUGCGGCUCGAAGUGGGAGGUCUCAAGUCGAGUACGAUCAAGCCAUGGGCAUCUCACGAGGAAGUCUUACGAGGGGGGUCGACGAAGUUUUUAUGGAGGAAUUCGCCGUUCUUACAUCAAGAGUUGGGGUACACGGGGUUCUGGAGACAAGUGACGGGACUGGCGGAGAAAGCAUCACCUACGAUCCGAGCUGAUGCGGGAGAUAGCUUCAAGUCUAGUCUGUCGCAUACUCUGACGUAUGACUCGAGAGAUACACCCAUGUUGCCUUCACGGGGACUCUUCUUGAAAGCCGCUUCCGAGCUGGCCGGCGUGGGUCCGUUGGCAGGAGAUGUUGCCUUUGGGAAAUACGAAGUCGAGGGUCAAGCUGCUGUGCCAAUCCCCAUCCCGGGAAUAGAAGGGGACAGCGGGAUUUCAUUCACGGUCGGAUUGCGAGGUGGUUUCAUUGCGCCUCUGCCACUGGGGGGAGAAUCGACAAUCAAAGGCACGAGGAUUAACGAUCGAUUUCAACUGGGCGGACCCACAGAUGUGAGGGGAUUCCGUCUUUCAGGACUGGGGCCCCGUGAUGGACAGGAUGCUGUCGGAGGAGACGUCUAUGCCGCCGGUGGUGCUUCCCUUCUCUUCCCUCUUCCCCGAGUCGGUGCAGACACUCCGCUACGGCUCCAAGCGUUCAUCAACGGAGGACGGUUACUAGCAUUGCGAGAUACACCAGGUGAUGGUCCCCGGAGGGUAGGCGACGUCGGAAACAGUCUGACGCGCACCAUCCACGACUUGAGCAACAGCUUACCCAGUGCUGCUGCGGGCUUCGGACUGGUCUAUGCCCAUCCUGCAGCGCGAGUCGAGGUCAAUUUCAGUCUCCCCCUCGUGAUUCGCAAAGGCGAAGAAGGACGGAAAGGAUUGAGCUUCGGGAUUGGGUUGAACUUUUUAUAGAGAGAAGAAGUGUGGAAAUGUGGGAUUCUGGCUUAUGUAACCCCAGCGGAAGAGAGGAUGCAGCAUAAUGUAUCUCGAUUCAUUGUUGAUAUCACCCAUUUGCAGACAGACAACGCACUUCAUAUGGCCAGCCGCUGCACAGGAAGCAGCCUGCGUUCUGUCCGACGUGUGGUAUCCUUCUCACCUCGUUCCCCUAUCUUCACUUCCCUCACUUGCUUGCGUACUCACGCCUCCUCGACCACUCCCGCGGCGGAGAGCAGCAUCAAUGCAUCCUUUGCUACCAACGCGUCUACCACUCCCACUGCAGCGAUGCUCUCUGCUUCAUCCAACCAUGUCACAGAGGAGAGCAUUACAGGCGCAUCGGGUCGCGUCUAUCGAAUCGAAAAAAUCCUCCAAGACAAAGGCCAUCCACUCACCAAAGUCUAUCGCGCAAAGAGCGACGGCAUGACCAACGACUUCGUGCUGAAAGAGAUUUCGCAAGAAUGGGACGUACGUCUGGGAAUCUACGAACGCAUCGGCAACAAUUGUCCGUAUCUGCGCAACCUCGUCGAUACUAUUCCCGAACGUCAGAUGUUUGUGUUUGAGUAUCUGGAAGAUAAUUUGUUGCUUCUUGCUCGUCAAGAAGAUGAACAACCACCGGUACCUCCGUCGGCGAUGAAGUAUAUUCUAAAAUGUAUCCUGAAAGGGUUGGCGGAGUUGCAUUCGAAGGACAUCAUUCAUAAUGAUAUAAAAGCAAACAACAUCAUGAUCCAAUUCUCCUCCCGCGCGCCCGAAUGGAAAGUCGCAAAAGUCCAACUCGUCGAUCUCGAAGACGCACAUUAUACACCUCCUCCCGCUGCGCUCGGAGGCGCAUGGGUAGGGAAUAUCAUGUGGCGAAGUCCCGAAGCACAUGCCAUGGGCCCUAUUCGCAAGUCUUCGGAUAUGUGGUCUUUUGGUCUCGUGUGUCUCUACGCCAUCACCCGCGUCCUCCCCUUCGCAGUAGACAAGGCAUCCUUACCAAAAGAUGUAGAGCCACUGGCCAUCAUCAUCUCCCGCCAAAUAUCCUACUUUGUAGAGGCAGAUGAUUUCUGCGCGUUCAUCAACUAUCUCGAGCCCGAUAGUCCCUGGGUCCAAGCGUUCAUGGAGACACUGAAGGAGUUCACCAAGGGAGGCAAACCGUUCAAACCUUUUCGUAUGUGGAAGCAUUAUGAGAGGUUUGGGCAGCCGGAGAGUUUGAGAGGGUUGAUUGGGGAGAUGGUGAGGUUUGAUCCUGAUAAGAGGUUGACGGCGGAGGAGGCGUUGGGGCAUGAGUGGUUUCGGGAGGGGGAGGGGGGUUAGUUUAUUGUAUUAUAUUGUACUGUUCUUUUUUUUUUUGUGUGUGUAGGAUUAGAAGGGAGAGGGAUUGUGAAAUCUCCGCUUUGUACUGACUGACUAGCGAGGAAGG